ACGUUCCAGUGAUUUUCGGUGGGUAUAGACCAAACACCUUUAAAAAAUAACGAAUACAGUAUUUGCACUUUGUACAGAAAUACGGUUACGGCUAGAACGGGCGUGGCAUUUCUUCAGGCAGACUCAGGGAUCUUCCAAAAUGGUGAAGGACAGCGAAGAUUUGAUACAGAGGAAAGGAAGCAGACGGAACAUGGAAAGGUUCUGCCUCAUUGUGAUGGUGGUAGCAUGCCUGGGUUUAAUCAUAGCUCUCAUUUCCUAUCUAGCUUCCAACCCUCCCAGUGACACCAGCGAUUAUGAAAUGGUCCAGCCACAAUACCCAACAAGUGCUGAAUAUGCCAUUAGUAAUGGGGAGAAAUGGUUAAAAGACAACCAGAAGACUGCAAUGGGGUGGAUGAACCAACAGAAUGCAGACGCCAUGCUAGGCCUUAGACUGGGACGAAUGUCGAUGUAUCGCCCGGGCAACUGUGACUUCAACACUUUGUCCAAGAGUGUGGAAUAUGAUCUCCUUUCUGCAUUGAUGAGGAAUCCAGCCCUCAAUGACAUCACAUGGGGGAGGUCUUUAUUGGGAAAAUAUAUCAUCGCACUGAGAGCAGCAUGCAUAGACCCCAAAGACUUCCAUGGUUACAAUCUGAUGACCAUUCUGAACAACCAGUACAAUGCAUUCAAUAAUUUCUACAGUGCCCGCCGUGAUGCCACAGCCAUGUUAGUUUUAGCAAAGUGUGUCUCUGAGGAAAUGAAAAUGUCAAGCCAAAUCACCGUGCUGCAGAAUAACUCUGCUUUUACAUCUGUAGUUGAGGCCAGCUUGGUUCAUAUGGCAUUAUCCUGUCUAAACGAUACCAUGUAUUACCCCACAAUAACCCGGGCAGAGAAUUACUUGAUGUCGAUGUUUACGAAUGGUAGCUUUGGGGACACAUACACGACGGGAAUUGCAGUUCAGGCAUUAACCAGGUCCAACAGAACUGAUGCAGAUGACACUAUAUCAGCAGCCCUGCUGUAUUUGGCUCAAGAAAUACAAGGCAACAGAAAUGGAAUGUUUAGGACGGUUGGAGAAAUAUCUCAUGUUUUACCAGCCCUUGCUAAAAUGUCCUAUGUAGACGUCAAAGGAAAAUGUACCGAACUGACAAAAUCUCAAGGAACCUCCACAAAUACAAAUGUCACAAUUAAGGUGGAGGGAGGUGUAAUCAACAGCACUGUCGUUAAAACUUUCACAGCAGUGAGCAUCACACAGGGUCAGUCUCUGUACGACGCCCUCGUCGCACUACGUGACAGCAGCGAUUUUACAUUCAUGAGUGCUAUGACAUCAUAUGGUCGCAUCCUUACAAGUGUCAUGAAUCUGGAAAUAAAUCCGAAUUCUGUCCAAAGUUGGAAUAUUUAUUUAAGUGGCAAUCCCAACAAACAGAGCAUGUAUUUGGAUAGAAUUAUGCCCACAGAUGGAUCAACCUACAUUCUGAAAGCAGAGUAACACAAAACUACAGCUAUUUACAUACAAUGUGCAUCAGCACCCUCUAAACUUUCUUGCAUUUGAUCCAGACGUACAAUGUAUAAUAUUUCAUUUUGCAAUCCUUAGAGAAUCAGAAUGUCUACCGGUACGAAUAACAUUUUAAAAUAUUCAUGAAUCUUGUUAUAUGUUUAUCCAAUUUAUUAUUCAUUCAUUGAUAAUUUACUAUCAUAAGCUUUUAUGUAUUAUACAUAGGAUAUAAUUUGUACAUUGUUUUAAAAUCAUGUAUGAUAUAACAUAACAAUCCGGCAGUCCAUAAUCUUAUUUACAGCAGGCAUAUACAUGUAAGUAUAUUCUAGAUUGGCUAGAAUUUGUUGUUUAAAUAUAUACUGUUAAGAAUUUUAUCGAUAUACUAUAGUCUUUUAUUAUGUAGAAUUUAUUAAAUCUUUUAAAAGUAA